CAAAAUUUCAUCAGAUGUCCCAAAGUUCUAAGGAAAUGGAUGAGCCCGACUUCCCUGAUCUCGAUUACAAGAUUCGUGCUGAUUGCUCGUUUCCUCUCUCGCUUCCUUCUCAGCCUCCGGACAUCCGGGACUGGUUCUCGAGCUACCAGUACGAAUCUCCCGACCCCUCCCAUCCUUCUCACGAUCUCGACGAAACCCAGGAUCCAUUGGGAGGUUUUGAGAUUCAGCAGCAAGAAGGUCCUCCUAAAUUUAAUAAGGACGAACCUCGUGUUAAAGAUGAUCGCGUUUUAUCGGAAGACGGCCAAGAUUUAGUAGCGACAACCAAGAGGAGUGACGAUGAAGAGAACGGAAGUGCUCAGGAGGAGAUUUUGAAAGUGCCCGUGGCAGGGUUGAAGCGGAAACAAGCGGUAAGGCGUGUGCUCGGAGAGACGUGCACGAAUGACGAUGGCCUCACCGCGAACGAAAACAGCAACAAAUUGAAGGUUGGGGAGGGCACGUUGCAGAGAGAGCAAUCGCCGAAGAGAUGUCGUAGCGGAGAACUCGCUGCAAGUGCCUCAAAGGACGGUUUUAUUUCCACAAAGAGAAGGGAAAGAAGUCGUCCGCCGACGGCCGUCUCCGUAAAAAAUCAAGAGAAUGUGGAAGCCACGAGCGGGGUGAAACGGGGAGGGAAAUGUGAGCGUUUGAUGAGAGAGGAACUGAAAGAGAAGAAUGGGAUUCUGGCAGAUAAAACCAACGUUCAGGUUGAGGUUGAACAAGGGAAUGCAGGAAAAUGGCAGUGCCCGAGGAAGAGAAAGCCGUAUGAUGCGCCGCCACUGAAGCAGCUCAGGCUUGAACAAUGGGUCCGUCGAGUGAAUUAGCGCGAGCUAUCUCUAGCCCCCACUGUUCGUCCACUUGGAAAAUCAUCAGAAUUUUGUUACAAGUUUUCUCACUACUUGUAUUAAUAUCAAAAUUUUUCAUUGUUUACAUUUGACGCACUGGAUAACAGUUUUUUUUUAACCGUAUAUCGACAUUACUCACUAGAAUUGGUAUC